UAUAACAAGCAAAGGUGCAUUUUUAGUUCAUUGUUGUUUAUAGAAUAUAAGAUUUCUUAUACAUGCAAAUAUGCAAUUAACUUCAUCUAACCUCAGCUGGAAUGUAUAUAUCUUUCUGUAACACUUGCAAGAUUUCAUGUUUAGGACCUUAUCUUCAUUCUUCCGAGUAGUUUCCAUAUUUUGCUACAGUGAGACAGAUCAGAUAUACAAAAUAUGCAAUGUUCUUGGCACCCCAGAUAGCACUAUAUGGCCAGAAUGGAUGGACCUUUCUCAAUCAAUCAAUUUUAAUUUCUUUCAGAUUCUGCCAGCCAAUCUCUCAGAAAUCAUUCCUAAUGCCAGCUUGGAAGCAAUUGAUUUGAUCCUGCAACUUUGCUCUUGGGAUCCACAAAAGAGGCCAACCGCGGAGCAAUCACUACAACAUCCAUUUUUCCAUGUGGGAACAUGGGUUCCAGGUCCUCUCCAGGAUCCCUUUUAUCCAAAGAUAAAUGAAACUGGACCAAAUCCAAAUCUUGAAUUGAAUCUAUGGGAUUUUGGCACCAAAUCGGAUGAUUGCUUUCUUGGUCUGACACUGGCUGUCAAGCCUAGUGUUUCUAAUAUAGAUGUUAACCAUGUCUCACAACAUCAUAGAGAGGAAUUCCUAGUUUACUCUGGGUAUCAGGAAAAUCCUAGGCAUUCAGAAUUUUGGCCUCUGACAUCUUCAAACGGAACCAUGAAUGAUGUAUCAACCAUGCCUUCCUUGUCAUCAUCAUACUUGGUAAACAGCCAACCCUCCCUGCAAACUGUUGGGGUUCCAGAAUCCUCUGCAUUUUCCUUUGCUUCACAGCAGCCAAAUUUAUUAGACAGAUGUUCAUUUGGACCAAUGAUGACUAUUUCUUCAUCCAUUCAGCAGGGUCAUUUCUUUGAGUAAAUACAUUUAUAAAGCAUUAGCCUUCGCUUGACCUGCAGGCUUUUGGGUUCCAGAAUCCUUUGCAUUCGCCUUCGCUUCACUGCAGCCAAAAUUAUUAGACAGAUGUUCGUUUGGAGUAAUGAUGACUUUUUCUUCAUCCAUUCAGCAGUGUCAUUUCUUUGUGUAAAUACAUUUUUUAAUCAUUAGCUCAUUUUUUCAUCUUUUCCUCUUUGUAUUUAUAAAUGCAUGCAUGAUUAUUAUUUGACAUGGUCAAAUAAGCAGCUAAUUUAUUGUGGAAAAUUGUAAAUUAUGGCUUUGAUCUCUGUAUAGAACCCUGAUAGAUGAUCAAAUGAGAGACUGUACAUAUUAUG